AUGCCAACUGUAAUAGCCCUCGAUGUUUCCCUGUCUAUGCGACGCCCUGUCGUUGGUUCGGUCACACCAGACGGAACGCAGAGCGAACAACUCACCCGGCAUCACCUUGCCAUUGCUGGAAUAAACGCUCUCAUCGAUUAUCUACAAGUUAACUCUAAAUUGGAGUUUGUUGCACUGGUUGUAUUCUCCUCGCUGUACGAGGUCAUCUGUCCGUUCACCAGAGACUAUGAUAGCAUCAGAGCAAAGCUGCAGAAUAUCGAAGAGUGCGACAAGACCUGUGUCGAGACUGCGUUGCAUGGCGUUAAUACCGUAGUUAUGGCAGAAUGGGGCAAUACAACGGCUUGUCAGGUAGUUCUUGUCACUGACGGCAACCCUGGAGUUGGCCCAAUGUCACUGGGAGACUCUCUGAACUCGCUGACCGUUAAACGGGACUCGAAUCUGUUUCCUCUACCGUUUCCUUACCCUGGGAAAUUGACCGUUGUUUGCAUUUCGUCACAACAAGAUCCGGGACUAGCUAUUGGAAUGCCGCUGUAUCAGCGACUAGUCGAGUUGGCGGGAGGCAACAGCAUAGUCUUAGUUCCUGAGGGACCAUUGACGAGGAACUCAGUGACAAACUGUUUUCAAAAGUUGGCUGAGGUUAAUUACGUCUCUUUUCAAGGGUACUUGAAAUGUGGACAAUUGGGUUCUCGCAUUCUCCUGUCUCCACCACCUCUGCCCUACACGAAAAAGACUGAUUUUGAGAUACUGACUGGACAAACCAUAUCAAAAACUCUUGAAAUUUGCGGCUUCAUAUCCGUGGUCGAUGUCGGAAGCCCAAACGCGAUAUCGAGGCAUUUGGUCCUGCCGCUUCCUACAGAAAGAACAACAAGUAUGCAGGGAAUAAACCUCGAGGAAGACUCUGACACAGACGACAACGGGGAUGAGGGAAAAACACCUUCGUUCUGUGUCCUGCUGCAUGGCGCGCUAAAGGUCGAAAACAUGGCAGCUCUGUGUUUGCUGAAUAGCGACUGGUAUGGUUUCAUCUACUCCUGGGCAGACACCAAGAAGAAGUCUAACUUAAUGCUGACUGUGCUAGAGCCGGGUUCGGACGUUAUACCUUGGCUAGGAAAUUUGAAUAAUUUGGGACCAGUCGAUGCGAGUAUCUUGAAAGACGGAGAAAGCGGAUUUCCUGUAAAACCGACUGAGAAAAGGAGCUACUCCCAGAACGCGCCCUCUUGGAUACGCCAGGUCGGACUACAGUCGGAUAUUCAAAAGAUCUUGAGGCAUGCCAGAAAGUUGCCUGAGAAGACACAGAAUUUUUACAAGGAAUUGAACAGAUUAAGAAGAGCUGCGUUGUCGAUGGGAUUUGUCGAACUUUUGGAUGGCCUGGCGUCUAUAUUCGAAAGAGAGUGCACACUUCUUCCCGCCAACUUGAAUCCGGACUGCACGAUACAGAUGGGACACGUUGCCGAGAUGCUGAAAAAGCCGUAUUCUCGAGAACUGAAGAACAAUAUAACUCCUGUUCGAACAAAAUUUCAUCCCGACUAGAUCAUACGUUCAAAGAAACCUAUAUCCAGUUUAUCAUUUCUUUUGUUCUAUACAAAGAAUGCCCGAGUAACUUGGUGAAUUUUAAUUUAAUUAUAAUCAUUAAACAUUUUUAUAAAAAAUAUUUUAUUACAUGCCAGAGG